AUGACGGCGGCUUUCGCACGAGUCAUUGCCUUGGUGCCAGGGUGCAGCGUUGCUUAUAUAAUUAGGGAUCUUGUCGUUAGUACGUUGAAUCCGAAGUAUCGGAUUGGUGGACUUGGCCCGUUUCUCGCAUCUUGCGGGCGGUUUGUGUUAUCAUCGUCGACUUCCAUCUAGUUUUUCCGUAGGCCAAUCAGGGGGAACAGGAAUUGGGGGCAAUAUGAUGAACGGUUUCUACAAAAAAAAAAAAACAACAGCGAGUACGAUCGACGCGGGCUCCCGCAGCGACUGGCAAUCGCGGCCUGGUACCGGUUCACUGUCGAUCGACACAAGAACACCCCCUUGGCGGCGGCGGUGGCGGCGGGACGACUCAACGUGCCUCCCCGGAUCGGCACCAGCGCACCGCUCGAGGCGAUCAUCCCCAAGCCCGUGGCCCGCUUCGCAAUGGAGCAGCGCCUUCCGGACCCGGUGCUUCCACAACAGGCGAGCCAGUAUACGCUGCUGAACAUGGCUCGCCCCUACACAGUCCGUCGCAUCCGCCGGGUCCUGAACGCGAAGGCAUUUACCAACAUGCUCGGGCUCAAGGGACCACCGCAGCCGGACGACCUCAGGAGCUUCUGGAAGGCAGUCAACUCGAAGGCACUGACAGCGAGGGAGAGGGAAGUUUGGUUCAAGCUGAUCCUCCGCUUCACCCCGACGCGCAAGCUCCAGCACGAGCAAAAGCACGACACUUCUCCCGCGUGCCUCGUCUGCGAAGCGCCGGUGGACGACACCGAUCACUACUUCUUCGGCUGCUUCGACUCGCGAAACGUCUGGAUCGCGGCGAGGGGCGUGCUCUGCGACGCGCUCGGAUGCGACACGAUCGAGGACGCCGAGUACACGACGCUUCAACGACUCUUUGGCCUCCCCAAGCUCAAGGCCAAGCUCAGCGCACAGGAAGGCGCGGGCAGGACGAUCGAGAUCUUCACGGGGAUGGUUUUGGAGAUGAUCAGCAGUGGGAGAUGGAGGAUGCAGAAGCACGGGACGAGGAUGGAAAGCGUGGAGAGGAGGAGGGUGGUACUGGAGGAGAGGAUGAAGUUGAGGGCGGGAGGAGCAAGAGGCAGGCGAGUGCAGUAGAGGCUAGGUUCGAUUUCCCCCCACCCCAUCCCACACUCACACACCCCACAUCACACAUCCUCUUACAAAAACUGUAUACUAAAUAUAUUUUCUUCAUCUUUCUUUCUUUUAUUACAGGUCUGCCUCCGUUGCUCAUGGACCGGCUCGCGAUUUGGGAUUGACUCGACGGUGGCUCGCGCUCUCUGGCUUCGGGGUUCUGAGUGUAAGGGAGGGAUCAGCAGACACAGGCAGAAAGUCGGCUUUGAGGGGCCAGGGACUGCUGAGGUGGAGGUUUUGAGGGGCCUCCACCGCGUCUUGUUGUGACCGAGCAUAGACUUGGGAUUUCGCGGGUCAGGGUAGCUGCGCAGUCGCUCUCCUGUCUUUGUCUCGACCGAGUUGGGAAGUGGGUGCGGGGUGGGCCUCUUGUCGUUAGUACGCCAGUUCUUUUUCAUUUUCUCUCUCUCUCCUUCUCUCUCUCAUUCGUCUCCUGGGGGGGAGCAACCGCUUGGCUGGGGCACUUGAAUCCGAAGUAUCGGAUUGGUGGACUUGGCCCGUUUCUCGCAUCUUGCGGGCGGUUUGUGUUAUCAUCGUCGACUUUCAUCUAGUUUUUCCGUAGGCCAAUCAGGGGGAACAGGAAUUGGGGGCAAUAUGAUGAACGGUUUCUACAAAAAAAAAAAACUUGGCGCCCAUCGAGACGCAGAAGGGUGCGCUCAACGCCGCUUUGCCACAAGAGAUCGAGAUCCUGGGCGCCAAGUACGGCUUGCGACACGAAUUCGAGACGCACUACUGCGCGGUGUGCGAUCGCGCCGGACACCAGUGGGGCGCUUGCAGGAAGCCGGUUUCGACUCCGGCCACCGCCGCCCCUGUUCCGGGGGCCUCGACCUCGACUUCGACUUCGACCACCGGCUUCCGAGUUGCUGGAAAGAAUGGGAAGCACGGUGGGCCUGCCGCAUUGAACUCUCGUGUCUCUGGCGCGAACAUGAUCCAGCUGGGACCUCGUGCUAACCCCGCAGGUGCAGUAACCGCCAACAAGGACGACGCGAACGACGGCGACGACGAGUCGAUCGUUUCGACCGAACCGGAGGGCGGCGACACUGGGGAAGAGACGUCGACGCGUGCGACCCUGGGCUCAACAAAGGAGACGCAGACGACGACGGCGGCGCCCGUUUCGACCCCGACCUCUCCUUCGCCUUUGUCCGGUGGCACGUCGGGAUCAUCGGCAACCUCGACAACCUCGAUAGCCUCGACGAGUCCUCGACGCCUUCGUUCGAGCUCGGCACCCGGCAACCGACGUGUCACCCGGGCGGGAUCCGCCAUGAUCCUCGGUGCAUCAGGGGGUGAUGGCUCAGGGGGCAACAGUUCAGGGGGUCACAGGUCCGAGGUGACCGAAUUCGAGGGGGGCGGCGCUGAACUGAUUUAAUCAUGAUUGAGUCACUCACCGUGUUGACGUUCAACGUCCGAUCGAUGAAGAACGCAGUCAACCAAGUCAAAAUCAUCCGUUAUCUCAAAACCCUUCGGCCGGCCCCUGCGGCCAUCCUCCUGCAAGAGCACCACCUCAGCUACAACGCGUCGCGCGAAGGCUUCGAGAGUGCUUGGCCGGGGGCUUGUAUUCGUUUCACUCCUCAUGUCCUUACCCUCAUACCCGAUGGCUCACCUUUGGCGGGCCAUCUCCUUUCCUCUACCCCGGUCGUCUUUGCAGGAGCUCCUCGUUUCGACGGUCGGAUUCUGCGCUCGGUGUUUCGUCUUGAGGAGCUCGAUGUCGAGAUCAUCAACAUGUACGCGCCGGUGCAGGAGGACGAUCGUCGCGACUUUUUCGGGCUUCUGCACUUCAACGCCCCGAGACCCAAGAUUCUUCGGAUCUUGGCCGGCGAUCUCAACGAUUGUCCGGAUGUAUCGGUCGACCGAGUGUCCAUCACCGAUCGCGCUUGGACUCCUGUAUCGCACUGGCAGACCUUGCUGUCAAAGAUCGCGUUCAAGGCACUCGACACGGUCCGACAUGUCCAUCCUUGCACCCCUGCAUUCACUCGUCCUCACUACCGUGGUAGAGGGGAAGAGCGAAAUAUUUGCUCGUGGUCGCGGAUCGACUAUAUUCUUGUCCAAUGCAGUUGGGCGAACCGGUUGUUGAGCGCUUCUACGCUCUUCGAUGCGCCCUGUUCGGACCACAGACCUGUAGUUGCGACUUUCGCUUUGCCUACAUCGAACGCUGAUGCCGAACCCCCCCUUUCUCUUCCCUCCACGAGCGAUUUCAUUUCGAGGCUCAACCCAAUGGUCUUUGACGAUCAAGACUUUGUCGCAUCGAUUCCCGGGGUCGUCGACGAGGUCUAUCGAAGGCUCGAGGGGACCGCUCCGCUCGGCGACGUCCAUGACGCCGCUCUGCGGGCGGUUGCAGUCGCUGGCCAUGCACGAUACCGCUCGACUCGUGCCGACAUGCGCCGACUGCGGGCCGAGAGCCAAUCCGUCAUGGAGGCUUUGGAGGCACGCGGUGAGCACAUGAAUGAGGCCGAGCGCGAUGCGUAUGCUCUUGCCAAGUCGCGGUUGGACCAGUUGGCGGUAAAGGAGGCUCAGUGGCUGCGCAUUCGUGCGCAUGUGCCGUCAGUCGACUCGAGGGAAGGUCAAUCGGCAAGCAUUCGCACGCGCCUCAACCGCCGGAGUCGCCAGACGAGCAUCGUCUCGCUGGAGGAUGUGGAUGGCACCGAGACCGUUGACAUGCAGGAGGCGCUGGGUAUUGCUUCACGGCACGCGCAGUCGCUCUUCACGCCGGACCCAGCUCGUGGCGACCCGACGAACGCACGCCGGUCCCUGCUCGACCCUAUUCGCGCAGCGAAAUGCUACGAUGACGACCGCUCGGACCCUACGUUCGGUCGUCGGCUGCCUCGUCAAGCGAGAGUGGCGCUUGACGAGCCCUUCACCCUCCUCGAGGUUGAAGCGGCGUUGAAGAAGACGGAUUCGGGGCGAUCACCGGGGCCCUCGGGCAUUCCGUACGAGCUCUUCAAGGCGCUGCCAACCUACUUUGCUCCCAAGCUGUUGGACUUGUUCAACUCGAUUUGGGAGGGCGGCAAAAUGACGGCGUCCUUGGCAGAGGGGCUGGUGCGGCUCUUGCCCAAGAAUAAACCGGGGGCCAAUCUGAAAUCACUGGGGGCAUACCGACCGAUCACAUUGCGCGAGACGACCUACAAGGUCCUCAGCAAGGUCUUGGUGGCGCGACUCAAUGGGGUGCUCGGCGAGCUUUUACCGCCGGCGCAACACGGUUUCAUGCCAUCAAGACGUUCAGCGGACGCGGGAAGUCAUCUCACUCUCCUUCUCGAAAAACUCAAGUCGCUAGGCACUGAUGUUUUCCCCGAGGGCGCCCUCUUGUCUUUGGAUCAGCAGAGCGCGUACGAUCGGGUCGAUCACGCCUGGAUCUUCGAGGUCUUUGAGGCCUUUGGGUUCGGUGAGCGUUUCAUCUCGCUGCUGCGCGCUCUCUACGAUCCCGAGACUCUGGGGGUGCGCUACCUUGUCAAUGGGUUCCCCACGGACUUGGUGCGGUUGCUGUGUGGUCUCGGUCAGGGGGAUCCCCUCUCGUGCCCGGUUUGGAACAUCACGUUCCAGCCCUUCCUCGACGCCCUCGUUCGGCGCGGGAUCGCGCUCGACCUGCAGAAGGUGUGGCCAGGGGGGCCGCGUGCGCAGCUUACGCAUCUGGCGUUUGCCGACGAUGCUGUGGUGGUGGUGGAGUCACCGGCGGCAUUGUCGAAGCUGAAAACGCUGUCGCAGACGUGGUACGAGGCUACCAACGGGAAGACCAACACGGACAAGACGCUGGUGCUACCACUCGGACCGAACUGGCUUCGGGACGAGACUGCGCAGGCGCUGCCAACGGUGCAGGAGGGGGAGAGCUUCAAGUGGUGCGGCUAUGCCUUCUUUCGCCACGGUGACUCGAAACUGUUUUGGACCCAUGUUCUUGACAGGAUCAAGGCCAAGGCCCGCGCCGCUCGAGACCGGACACUUUCGCCGAGUGGGAAGGUUUUCUAUGCCAACGCUCACAUCAUCUCGACGGUCCUCCACGUGCUGUCCUUCGACAUACCGCCUCAAUGGUUCAUUAAGGCGGCGGAGACGGCACUUACGGACUUUGUCUGGGGAGGAGCAGGGCGAAAUACCGUCGCUCGCGAUUUCGUGUUCCAGGCUCGGGAGGACGGUGGCUUGGGUUUGAUUUCGAUUGGCGACAUCGUUCAUUCGGUGGCGCUUCGAUUUUGGGAUGCUGUGGCGGGCUCGGGCGAGGCGAUCUGGGCGCCCCUAGCUCGCGAGAGCUGGAGGUCCCUCGUCGCUGCGACCCGCGAUUUCAGUCCGUGGGGGUUCUUCAGCAGCACGGCUCGGGUCGAGAAGCUGUAUCGCGACUCGACGCGCUGGGGGGCAGUCGUUGCAGCGGCCAGGGUCACAGUUCCAACCAUCAAGUCCGAACUCCUUACGCUUCCCGAAUUGCUCUCGCUUCCGCCUCGCCUCCCUUCACUCUAUGCUGAAGGUGCCCAGCACGCAUAUGACGAUGCGGACGCGGUGGCGAAGUUUGCGCAGAUCGCGGACCUGUACUGGAGGGACGAAGGGAAGGGAUGGGCUCUGGUUGGUCAUCGACGCGGGUUCUGGCAGCACUCUAAGGAACCCGCCCUACAGCACGAGCACGUGUGGUCGCGCGUGGGUCAGUUGCUCAAGGCGAAAGCGUUGCUGCCCAAGACCGCGUUGCGACCUGCUCGGAUACCUCUCAAGGAGGCUCCCCGUCCUCGGUGCUUCAACUUCUUUGGGCUCUCCCGACCUUUUACGAUUCGCAAGCUUCGUCGGCUUGUGAACAAGGUGCGGUUCCCAGGGAGGGAGGACCGUGUCAAGCGUCUCCCUGAUGGGACUUCUCAGAGCGAUAGGAAGCGCUUCUGGAGAUGGCUUCAUGACCGGUUCGCGUCUGCUGUCGAGCAGGACACCCACUGGCGGCUCAUGUACGACGUGACGCCGACGCGCAAGAGGCAGCAUACUCAGGGUCAUGCCUCUUCGCCGACGUGUCUGUUCUGUGGCAACGAUGCAGCGGUCAUCGAGACGGUGUCCCACUACUUUUUCGAGUGCGCGUACUCGACCAGCUUCUGGGGUGGGGUGCUACGCAUUCUGCUUGACAAGCUCGGCAUCGAGGAUACCGACGUCGAUCCGUCGACGUUCACUCCGGAGCAGCUGACUAUGGGGCUCCCCCUUUUGCGGGGUCGUGGGAGAACGACCUCGAAAUGGAUGUGGGUUCGGCUGGCCUGCGCGAUCGGCUUCCAGCGGCUGCACCUGCUCCGCUGGCGCGUUCAUCAGCGGUUCGAGCUGGACAACGUCGUGGCUCCUCCCUCGCUUCCCAGUGCGCUCAGAGCGUUCGAGCGAGAUUUUCUCUCUCGAGCGGGUUUUGUGCCUGGGGUUCGAGAUUGGGAGGUGUGAUGACCGAGUUAAGUCCUUCCUUCCCAUUUUCCUCCCCUCCUUUCCUCCCUUCCUUUUCGGUCAGAAGCUGACUGUCUUGAAACUUGUUGCGCAGUGGAAGGCUGCGCACCUCUCCCUCUCUCUCUACUUUGUGCAGUAGCGGUUUUCGUUCUUGGAUGGAUCGGCAAGCCGGGUCGAUCGUCGUUGCGUUGGAGGCUUUGUGAAGUUCUCCCCUCUCAUUCCCCCCCUUUUUUCCUUCCCUUCCUCUUCUCGUUCCUGUUGCUCGGUUGUUGACUACGCUUCAGCCACUUCUCCUUUUAUUCCUAAGCCGUGUGUUGGAUUCCGUCGAAUAGAUCGUUCGUUCGCGUUGGUCAAGAUCUACGGCAUGGAUCGGGAAGAAAGGUCGCUCGUUUUUUUGGUCAAUAUCCUCGCGUCAAGGCGAGGCUUGUUUCGUUGUAUUGGAUCGUUUUCGCUCGGCCCCGACGGCUCAACAGCCAGCACUCGAGACUCAGCCAAGGGAGGACACAUCAGGCGCUGUCGGGGUGACGAGUAG